UGCACAAUACACACCAAAAAGAGUGUUGACACGUUGACAGAACAUUUGGCAAGUGCCUUAUGAGAACUUAAUUUUUAACAAAAAAAAAAACAAAUUAUUUUUAGCCAGCAAGCGAGUCACAAGAAUCAAGACGAAACGGGUUAAUUGAACAGCUGAAGUAGCCGAAGGAGAAGAAGAAGAAGCUGAGAAAAGCCGAUAUUGACGAAUAACGGGGAUUUGAGGGCCUGUUUGUCGUCGGAUGCUGCAGCGUGGCAGCAAACACACAGCACCCAAAUACACACACACACACACACAUACGCUUUUAAUUAUAAACUAGCCGAAUACCAAAUAGUCAACAAGCAAUAACAAAAAAAAAAAAAUGCGCGACAACCAAAGCAAAAACUGCAACACCAGCAGCAGCAGCAGCAACAGCAGCCGCAACAGCAGCCGCAACAACAAAUGGACAACAUUGAUGUGUUUGUCGUUGUCGCUAUCAUUUUUGGUGUCGUGCAGCGAAGCCGUUGAAUUUACAUUCGAUUUGGCGGACAAUGCCGAGGAUUGUUUCUACGAGGAGAUCAAUCGGAAUACAAGCGCCUAUUUUGAAUUUCAAGUCUCCGCCGGCGGCCAACUGGAUGUGGAUGUUGUGUUGAAGGAUCCAAAUAAUCAGAUCAUCUAUUCGAUGGAUCGAGCGACCUUCGAUAGCCAUCAGUUUACGGCGGAGAUGAAGGGCGUGUAUACGGCAUGCUUUAGCAAUAAAUUUUCAGCGUUUUCGCACAAAAUCGUCUACGUGGACUUUCAGGUGGGCGAGGAGCCAGCGCUGCCCGGCGUCGAUGAGCAUGCGACGGUGCUGACACAAAUGGAGACGUCAUCGCAGGCGAUACACAAGGCGCUCAACGAUAUCCUUGAUGCGCAGACGCAUCAUCGCUUGAGGGAGGCGCAGGGACGCAAACGGGCCGAGGAUCUUAAUCAGCGUGUCAUGCUUUGGUCAUCGGUGGAAACGGCGGCCGUUGUCCUCAUUGGACUGCUGCAAAUUUUGGUGUUGCGCAAUUUCUUUACGGAUCGCAAGCCCAGCCAGACGCAAUAUGCACGCCUCUAGAAUAGUUAAGGAUGAAUCUGAAGGAGAAUACACACAGAAUGCAGGACACACACAAACAUUAAAAAAACAGGAUGCAGAACUAUCUCUUCAAACCAUACAUAUAAAUUUACAUACACAAAUACGAUCUUCUUGGGCUAGCUCCUCACAUGUAUUCCAUUCCCCCCCUGGUCAUCUAUCGAUAAUUGUUUUUUUUUUUUUUUAGCCACGAACCCAAAAAAAAACCAGAGCAGAAUGCUAUUUUUUUGCCUAAAAUAUAAAGAAGCGAUAAAAAAAAACAACAGCAAAAAAAAACACAUUAAACAAAAAACAAUGUAAAAUGCUGCGUUUGUCCUUUUUUUGCCAAUAACAAUUUCGUUU